AUGGCAUAUAAGCAGCACGCAACGCAAGGUUCGACCUCGCAUCAAAGUGAAGUACUUCCUCGGUACAGAGAUGUAAGGGUACCUAGGGACAGAGUGCUGCAUUCAAAUGCAAUGGAGAUAUUGCUGUUGCUUUCCAAAAGCGCAGCUGGAGCCGGUCGAAAGUUGCAUCGACAUCAGCUGACCCUGGUUCAAUCUCUCCUGAAGACAAUCAGCCAGGAAUUCAAGUUGGUGGACUGUUCUGAUGAUAUCAUCAUCAAUGCUUUCAAACUGCUUGCAAUCAUUGCUAAAUUCGGUAAUAAUGAUGAUAGUGACCCCGAUGAGAGUGAUGCUGAUUAUCAUUAUAUUCCUGAUCACCAGUUUGCUUUGAAAGUUAAGAUCCAUCAAUCAACUAGGGUGAUCGUUACAAUGUUGAACAAGUAUCUCAACAAUGUUGAAGGGUUGGUAGUUGUGUUGAAGAUUCUCAAACUUGUUGCCAGAGACGGUAAUGGCACGAGCCAAGCACAGCUCUCCAAAUUAAACGUGGUGGAGACUCUGCUUGAAAUCUUUUCCGGAUGUUGUUUGUUGAAGGAUGUCCAACUGACCAAGCUGGUCCUCGUCUGCCUCAAUCUUCUGCUCAGGCAAAAGAGUCACGUGGAAACAUUCGUCUCGAAGAACGGUACAGAGCUGAUGAUGAGGACGUUUGAAGAGUGGAGCAGAGCAGACACGAAGAACAAAUCAAUUGGAACGAGGUUGUCCGUCUUGCUGGUCAUCAACCAGAUCACUUGCUACAAGUGUGGUAUUUUCUACAUGCAUCGGAUAUUCGGGGUGGGACGUCUCUUCCAAAUUUCAAAGUCUUUGAAGUCAACUAGGAGGCUUGAGCCAAUCAUACUCCUCUCUUUGGAUGUCAUGCGCAAGUGCCUGCCUAACAACAGACUUCCGGUAAGCUCUUUGAUUGGUCCGUUCAAAUUUCCUCUGCUCAACCGUUCUGCCAACGAGGUGGAUACCUUCGUAUCGUCGUCCAAUCAAAGUGUUCGAUCUAAUUCUUUCGCGUUUGAUUCGGCAGUGAGGAAUGAUGCCGAUGAUAAAAGUAACUUGAAUGCGAGCAUUAACACAGGAGAUAUCUUACCAGACUUGGCAAGUAGCACUAGUGCUGCAAGUACUGAAGCUUACUCAAGAAAAGCAGCAAAUUCAGCUACGACCUCAGUCGCAGCUUCAACUCCGACAACAACAGCAACACAACAACAUUUCUCGCAACGACAUUCACAACUUGAUGUCAAAAGUUCAUCACCAGCAGUUCAGCAACAAUCUGACUUGACCGCAAGGUCAUCAACAGCAUCCACUUCUCAGGUACAACAACAAAACAGAGCAUUGAUUCUAAAUAACACGUCACUCGCUUCAUCAAACAAGAUCUCAGACACAAAUACCAAUAACAACAAACAAACAAAGAUUCUUCUUUUGAAAAAGUGUUUCAACAACAACAGACAAGCUUUUUACGAGAACGGAGAUUCGGUUUCAGCCAAGUUGAACGACAUUUCCAACUGCAUCUCACAUGUCGGAAAAGAAAUAAUUCAACAGCAGCAGCAGUUGUCGUUCCUCUCGUCAUUAGCAUCAUCAGCGAUAACGGCCUCGAGUAACAAUCAUUCGAAUGGCAAGUUGGUAACUAAAAAAAUUCUCCAAACAUCUCUGAAGCAGAAUAAAAAAUUUAAUGACGACACUCCAGUAUUAAAAAUGACCUUUAAAGAUAGUUUCAACGCACGAAGGUGCAGUCUGAACGACAAUAAAAGCACGGCAAUGACGAAACUAUUCUGUGCAACCUUUCCAAAUGCUGCCAACAGCAAAGGUGCUUCCACCAAUGAUUCCACUUUCAGAACUUCUUCUGGCAGGGUAUCGACAGGCAAGAAAGUUUCAAACAUAAGAAAUAAUUUUGAUAGGAGCAACGACGCAAAUUUCGUUGGAAACAGUGUUGCUGCUAAGAAACCGUCAACCUCAACAACAACUACUACUCUACAACAAAAGCAUAGUAACGUCUGCAAACAUAGCGACAACAUCAAUCUUGCAAACGUUUUGAAACCUGCAAGAAACAGCAAAUCAUUCAUCAUCAUCAACAACAACAGCAAUCGUAAUAAUUACAAUUCUGAAUCAGAUAGCGCCAUUUCAGAAGCAGGUAACAACAUCAGCUCAUUAAGAAACCCAGGUAGAUACUUGCACCUCUCGCUACAAACAAACUCACUGAACAAGUUAUCCUAUGCGGCCUAUCCUGAUUCACGUGGGCAUCUAACUGGCGUUCCUUCCAAGGAGUCCUUGUUUCGAGGAAAGAAAUUCGAAAUUCUCAGAAGAAAAUCUUACGACGACAUAAACAGAUUCCUGGAUCCGCGAGACAUCCUCAACAACGUCGUCUACGAUGUUGACGCAUCCGUCAACAUCCUCUCCAGACAACGACAACCUGUUGAGAACAUCUGCAACAAUGUUUUCCCUGGUUGCGUCAACAACUUCAGCAACAAUUUGUGCAGUGGUGGUGUAGCUGGAGGUCUGACUUCAACAUGUUGGGAUGCUUCUUCAUCCUCAUCGGCGUCUACGACAAAGGACAAAAAAUUGAAAUUCGAUUCUCAAUUUGAAUCAGGAAAUCUUAGGAAAGCCAUUCAAGUAAGAGAAAGAGAGUACGACCUGGUUAUGAUGCCAGAUGUUAACACGAGAAAUCAAUGCCAGUGGUUUUACUUCAAGGUCAGUAACAUGGAGGUCGGUGUCGUCUACCGCUUCAACGUCAUCAACUGCGAAAAAGUCAAUAGCCAGUUUAAUUAUGUGAUGUACUCGGUAGCGGAGGCAAUGGAUGGACGACCAUGUUGGGUCCGAGUUGGUCAGGACGUCUGUUACUAUAGGAACCACUUUGUGAAAGGUCAAGGUCAGUUGACAGGUUACGACGUCAGACUGACCAAUCAGGACUUCUAUUACACUGCCUCCUUCAAUAUUACGUUCGCCAGAUGCCCCGAUGUUUGCUAUGUUGCUUAUCAUUAUCCUUAUCCGUACACUGCGAUGAUGUACCAUCUGGAUGAACUGCACGAAACUUUCAACAGUAUAACGUCGUCGUCUCCAUCAUUUGCGAAACUGUCAGCAACAGGAGCAACGACAUCAACUGGUGAGGCCGCUACACUAACAACAUCGACGACAAAAUCGCUAGUCACUACGGCGACAUCAACCACAUCAACGACAGCUCUAAUAGCACUGGCAGCCAUAAAACCUGCUAAAUGUCCAUCAACGAAAUUCGCAACCCCAACAACGACGCAACCUUCAACAGCAUCUCAAACAACUUCAAAGAUAGCACAAAUCAAACUGGAUGCUGAUCUCUGCACUGAUGAAAUGACUAAAAGCAAUGUUAAAACGGGCCGUGCUAGUAAUGUUGGCGGUGAUGAUGAUGUGGGUGAAUGUGAUUAUGCUGCUACUGCUACUACUGCUGCUGCUACUGCUACUACUGCUGCUGCUGAUGAUGAUGAUCAAGGGGAGAGACCCUACGUCAUUCUAUCAGCCAGGGUUCACCCAGGGGAGAGCAAUGCAAGUUGGCAACAGAUGUUCCCUCUCAGGGCAGGAUUUGAACCGCCAGUGGAGCACCCCAAGUCUACUCCUCCAUCCACCCAUCUAUCAUGCCAAGCAUCUCAUGCUGUAUCUGCAGGUGCUGAUGAUGGAGACUGGGGAGAUGAUGAUGACGAAGAUGGAGAUGAUUAUGUAUAUUAUGGAAGGGUGAUGGCUAUGGGGAUGCAGCGAAUGUCGAGGACCGCGCACGUCUACUGCGACUACCACGGCCACUCGCGCAAGAAGAACGUCUUCCUCUACGGAUGCAGUCCCUUGUCGUCCUGGAUGUCUGAUGACGUCGGCAAUCCAACUAUGAUGACGUCAUCGGCUGUUGACGGCAGUCUCGAUGGUGAUGAUGAUGGCGGCGGCGGCGGCGGCGGUAGUGGCUGUGGUGGUAGUGGUUGUGGUGGUGGUGGGAAGAGAGAGGAUGAAUCUUAUAAGGUCCUUCCAGCUCUACUAAGCAGCAUGUCACCAGCUUUCCACUUGACGUCAUGCAGCUACACUGUGGAAAAGUCUAAGGAGAGUACGGCGCGUGUGGUCGUCUGGAGGCAGAUGUCAGUCGUCAGGAGUUACACCAUGGAAAGUUCUUUCUGCGGAUUCGAUCAGGGAAUGUUCAAGGGCCGACAAAUCAACACGAAACUUUUGGAAGAUAUGGGCGCGGACUUCUGCAGGGCUCUUCUCAAGUCACUUGACUACAUCGAUGACGUCACUAGGGUGCGGACGUCCGUUAGCAGCUUCAGUGGGUCAGCUGGUUCGGCUGCUAGCGGUUUGCUUCUUGCUGGCGCUGCUGGCAACAGCCUCAACGAUAAAAUUUCAUCGACUGGUACUCUUGGCAGGAACGAUGGUAAAAGGUGA